CCAGUUCGUCCACAUGUCCAUUGGCUCUGCUGCCUCAGGUAAACAUGGCGGGGACAGCGACAACACCAGCGGAUUCCGAGCAAACGCCUAAAUCGUCUCCACCAGCGUUUGUGCCGUUUGACUUCUCCCAGCCGCCGGUCAUUGAAGGCUUCAACCCUUUGCAGAGAGCCAGAGAUGAGGGCUUUAAAGAGAAGUUUCUCAGAAAAACCAAGGAGAACCCAUUCGUCCCCAUAGGUUGUUUGGGAACAGCAAUCGCGCUUAUUUAUGGUCUCCGUGCCUUCAAUCAAGGGAAAACCAGAAACUCCCAGCUGUUGAUGAGGGGACGAAUCUUUGCCCAAGGCUUCACUGUCGUUGCCAUUAUUGUUGGCGUCUUUACCACAGCUGUGAAACCCAAGCAAUGAAGGCGGACCAAUCCCCCACCUCGGCCACCGCCCAUCCAACUCGGAAUCAGACCAGAUCCAACUUGGCAUUGGACUGAUUUAACGAUCAGAAUUAACUGAAUAAUGCGUUAUGUUUUCAACAUUGUUCAGAUAUCUAUGCUAAUGCCAACACUAUUUAUUGUUGUAUAAAAACUGUGAAUUGCUCAUGAUGAUCUAUUAUUUAGCUUCAGGCUAGCACUAUAGAACAACAAAGUAGAACUGGCUCCUAACCAGACCAGGUAACGAGCUGGAUUUUACUUAUAUUGUGCUAUAACAGUAUUUGGAGUAAAAUGCUAAGAAAUAUAAAUGAUAUGCUUCUUGCUCUUCUGAAAGGUUGGAUUUCAAAUGUUCCCAGGUAUUGUUACUGAAAUUAUCAGCAUAACACCUGGCUGAUAAAACAAUUUAAGUUGAAGCUUGUGUCCUGUAUGUAUUUGAGAUAAAGCAUCACACUUGCGCCUGUAUUCCGGAGACAUCUACUCAUAAAAACUUUAUUUGAUGGAUCUUUUUCUUUUUUUUUUUUUUAAACCAGUAUGGAAAUUAAUUGUAAACAAUUUCUUUAUAUUUAUGGUCAGGGUAAGUAUAUCUAAAUGAAAGGAUGCUUCUAGUCGCAGGACAGGCCAUGUACCAAUGUCCACCUUUAA